AUGGAAUCCAUCACCGAGUUCCCGCUCUUCCGUCAUCUCCCACCCGAGAUACGGAUCAAGAUAUGGAAAUUUGUGCCACAGCCUACUCGUGUGAUCGGACUGUUGCCUCCCGUGUCUACGUGGUAUCAACAAUACUCCCAAGAUAUGCCUCGUGACAGCGAUGGCCGAGAACUUUCCCCUGAUGAGCACGCCUAUGAUUACCGCUAUGUUGUUCAACCUCAAAGGCAUGCCAUAUUCUCGCUUCUUCACGUGAAUCGAGAGGCUCGCGCAGUUUGGCUAUCGCAAUUUUUCCAGCCACCUCGUCAGAGUCAAAUCGAAGAACUCAACAUUCAAUUUGGUACUCCCUUUAUCAACUACGAUACGGACAUCUUCACUAUCUAUGAUGGCUGGCCACUGGAUGGACUCGAGAACGGCAUCGCGACAGGUAGCAGAGUCGUUGAUGGCUUCAUUGGUCUCGAGCGCUCGCGCAUACGCAACAUCGCGGUCUGUGAGUUCCCAAGACUGAUUGAGCGUGUGACCAGUGCCAUCUCGAUAAACACGCUGCCAAAUUUGGAGGUGUUUACGAUACUCUCAAUGGGACCCUGUGUCUUCAGCCCAUUCAAACCAAAACUGGUUCGAGAUGGACUCGGUUUAAUAGUUCUCAAGGGAUACGAGAUGCUUGUAGCUGAUGUGCAACGGACCUCUUGCGAAAUACAUCAUCUAUCGACAGAUAUAGUCCGGAGCCAUAGUUUCUUUAAUCACGCGAGGGUGUUUCACCCUGGAUCAUCAUUAUACCCACUUCAAGGACAUCAGAAUCAUCUCCGAUCUUGGUUGUGGCACGAGAUGCAAGCAAAAAACCUGGACAAAGCCGCUGGCCAAAUUGCCGGAUUAUGGUGGUCAUGGUUGGGCUACAUGCUUGACAAUGAAGACGAAGGUGAAGAAAAGACUUGUCCUUUGACGCUAGAUGGCUGCGGUGAGGAAGGACACUCAAAGAGAGAAAUGCGAGAAUAG